AUGGCACGAACCUCGACUGUCUAUCAUAGAUUUAGAUCAGCACUGCGGGAGGGCACGCGAUCAGUGGCUGAAGUCGUUCGCCUAGCUGAUGAUGAACUAGCAGAGGUCAUCAACACCUUGCCCAACCAUCUCCAACCCGAUAGUGGCAAAACCGAAGAAAUGCAGGAGCUAGAGCUGACCCAUCCCUGGAUCAAAUGGCAACGUUUCGACAUCAGUCUCGUGCUUCUGCACCAUCGUAUGCGCAUCAAUCGUUCAUUACAAAAGGAGUGGCUAGCAGCUCCCGGUCUGUAUGAUUGGGCACGGGCAGUGUGUAUUCGUUCUGCUAUGGAUAUCAUCUGGAUUACCCAUAACUGGGAUCAGCCAGUCGCAAUGCGACGACAAUGGGCUUUGUCGAUGCACAUCUUCGUUGCUGCCAUCUUUCUUCUCAGAGAAUCCCAUAGAGCAAAAGCCGGGGCUGAAGUUGACUUUACGGACGAGGUGCAACUCGCCAUUGAAUACCUGGACGAGGUCAAAUCACGCAACGCCAUAGCAGAGACGGCAGUUGCCAUCCUCAGGUCUUCACUGCAUGAGGCUAACAUGGAGUUACAGUGA